AUGUCUGCCCCUCCUCACUUGAUCCACAUCAAGCGGAAGCGGGGCGACGAGGAUGCGCCGGUUACCUACCUCCAGCUUGAGUCAGCGAAACGACACCAGAGUGGCAGCAGCUGGGUCUACCGACGACGCAUAGCACCAGCAAAGUCCAGUUCAAGGUCCGGCGCAGGCUCGCUACACCACUCCCCGACCAAGCCCGUGAUCCAAACCUCCAAGCCCGGCGACGAGCUCCCGCAUUCGAGCCACUCUCCCGCAAAGCCCGUUCAGCCCGCGCCCGAUAAUGCUGCCGCGACCGACAAACCCCCCGCCGCCGAGGCAACGGCCCCGGGCCCGGCCACCCCCUCUGCUGCUCAGCGACCAGCGAACCCCGCGGCCGAGCCCAGACGAUUCCACAUGUCCCGUUCGGCAAUGAGCUCCCCGACGGGCAGCACGAUCCUCAAGGCCGGCGGCGUCACCAAGCGCGGCCGCUACGGAACAGCAGUCUUCGUCGAGCGAGGCAAGAAGAAGGCAUCAAAAAGGCUCUCCGUGGCCCUCGACGCCAAACACGCCGCCGCUAUCUCUACUCCGGAGGUCGAAAUGGGCGACGACGCCAAGCCGGCGCCCAAGAAACCCCAGACCAAACGCCCUUCUGCUCCUCGUCAAGAUGUCGAAUCCCAGCGCAAACCCCUGCCCAGCGUCGCGCCCACCCAGGACAUGAGUAAGAUCGCCGCCGACAUGGACCAGUGGGUGCUCCACGAGAUCGGGCUGAACCUCAAGUCAAUGGAGCUGGAAAACCCAGCGCCUCCUGCUUCUUCUGCUACAACCUCCUCGCCAUCGCGGUUCAAGCCCAAGGCCCCCGUCAAGCGCUUCGCCGAACGGCACCCCGAGCUGGCAAAGGAGCUCGACGGCGGGAAAGACCGGGACGAGUCCAUGACGGACGCCAGCGAGGCCGACGACGACGAUGAUGACUACGUCAUUGAAGUGUAUGAGCUCGCGCCGUCCAAGCCCUUGUUGGCGAACAUCCCGCCCGAGGAGAUUGGCGUACUGCGGUUCGAUACCAAGGAAGAUAUGGAGCUGUUUUACGGGAAUGAAGAGGAGGACGACUCGGACUACGACGAUGAUGAGGAUGAGAAUGCGGAAAACCACUAUACUGCAGACUACCCCGAGGACGAGGUCGACUCGGAGGAUGAGUACGAUCGACACGCCUAUCUCUUCCGCAAUGCCAAUGCGUCGGACGACGAGGAGUUUGACCUGCGCGAGCAAGAGGAGGACGAAGACGAGGACAUGUACGUCAUGGAGGGUGACAACAGGCGCGACGAGGACGAUGUCUUCCAGGAGAAGAUCCGGAGGUACAUCCGCCAGCACGGCUCGGACUAA